AAGGCGAGGCUGCUUACAGAGAGAAGGAGAGAGUGAGAGAGAGAGAGAGAGAGAGGGCGUAACGAAAGGAGAUGGCGGUGGGCGUACCAGCAAUAUGGUUUACAUUCGUGUCGCACGUGCUAGCGGUAGUUUCGGCAGUUCUGGUGUUAAUCUGGUGCAUACACUUCAGAGGUGGCCUUGCCUUUGCAUCCACCAACAAGUCUCUCAUUUUCAAUAUUCAUCCAGUUUUGAUGCUGAUUGGCUUCAUUAUAUUAGGAGGUGAAGCUAUAAUCAGUUACAAAGCAUUUCCGUUUCCGAAAGAAGUGAAGAAGCUGAUCCAUCUCAUCCUGCACGCAAUUGCACUAGUGCUCGGGGCUGUUGGGAUCUAUGCCGCAUUCAAAUACCACAAUGAGAGCGGAAUCGCUAACUUAUAUAGCCUGCAUUCGUGGCUUGAGCUCGGGACUAUCUGUUUAUACGCCAUUCAGUGGAUUUUCGGCUUUGUGGUGUUCUUCUUCCCAGGGGCCCAUCCGGCCGUCCGUGGCGAGGCUCUACCGUGGCACGUGCGAUUCGGGCUCAUCAUCUACGUGCUAGCGUUAGCAACAGCCGAGCUAGGGUUCCUAGAGAAGCUCACAUUCCUAGAGAACUCAGGGCUAGCCAAGUAUGGACCAGAGGCCUUCCUGGUCAACUUCAAUGCACUUGUUGUGGUGCUGUUUGGGGCCUUUGUGGUGAUUGCAGCUGUCGCACCAGCCCACGCUGAGGAAACGUAUGCCUACACAACUAUAUCAGAUAGUUAAGUAUAAGCACUGUAAUCUCUUGAUUAUAUGGGCCAGGACCGGUGGGGCCCACCUUCAAAGAUGGUUGUGAUUAUGUCCAUUACUGAGACUUAAUUGAGUUUGUAUGUGUACGUAUUGAAUGUAUUAAUGUUGGUCUUAAAUGGAGUUUAGUUAAGUGAA